AAAUGUAAAAAGCGAGUGGAUUUGCUCAUUAGUGAGCAAGUAUUAUCCUAAUUCCCCUCACGCAGAGUCGUCCGACGCGAAGCAUCGCCCCGUACCCUCACUUUCUCUCUCUAGGGUUCUUCUUCCAUCUCUCCCUCCCUCGUCGUUUUCCAGGAUACCAAGGGAAAGUCGUAUUGUUUUAAAUGGAUUUGUCGGAGCUCUGGGGGAUCUUCGGUCCUGGCGUUGCCGGAGCCGUGUUCGGGGCCGGCUGGUGGUUCUGGGUUGACGCUGUCGUUUGCAGUUCUGUCAAGGUCGCCUUCCUCCACUACCUCCCUGGCAUAUUUGCGUCGAUAGCGGCGCUGAUGUUCAAUUGCGUCAAAAAGGAGGACAUUGAUUACUCCCCUUAUGAAGAAGGCGAGUGGAGAUUGAAGCUUUGGCUGUUCAUUGCUUAUGUUGUUGCAUUUGUAUCUCUAGCUGCAUCGGUGGGUCUGUUAAUACAAGAUUCUUUAGUGAAAACUGGCCCUUCAGUGUGGACUGGAACUGCUGGUGUGUUGCAAGCAGUUUUUGUGUUGAUCAGUGGGCUAAUUUAUUGGACUGCUCACCCGGAGUAAGUAGUGAUCUACCAGCGGUACCAUUUUCCUUGGAACCUGGAUUUCGCAAGUGAGAAAAUUGGCCGUGCAUGUAUCAUUUAAACUUCCUCAAGCAUUUGGACCAAGGAGACAGGAAAAUGAAUAGUAAAUACGGUUCAAUUUGCAACUCCAUAGGUAAUAUGGAAGACUUCUUGACCUUUGUAAAUGUUUGUAAUGUGAUACCAGUCUUGGUUAAUUUGUUAAAACUAAAGUAGUGUCUAUUCAAAAUACAAUUUUUCCUCCCUUAUUCGCAA